CAUGUUGCUUUGUGGACAACAACCGUUUGCGCUUGUACAAAAAUGAGCUCGUAUUCCAUUGUCUUUAAGCAAGAGCAAGCUCAUGAUGACAGCAUCUGGAGUUGUGCCUGGGCACGGAAUGAGAAAGAAGGCACAGAUAACAUCAUCACAGGCUCUCUAGAUGAUACUGUCAAAGUAUGGAAGUGGACAGAUGACAAAUUAGAAUUGAGGCAUGUGCUGGAAGGACAUCAGUUGGGCGUUUUGUCAGUUGACAUAAACCCAGAGGGAACCUUGGCGGUUUCUGCAAGUUUAGACGGACACAUCAAAGUUUGGGAUCUGGAAUCAGGAAAACUGGCUAAAAGUAUUGAUGCAGGCCCAGUUGAUGCUUGGACAAUAGGAAUAUCACCAGACUCCAGGUUCCUGGCUGCAGGAAGUCACACGGGCAAAAUCAACUUGUUUGGAAUUGACUCGGGAAGAAAGGAAACCUCGCUAGAUACUCGCUGUAAAUUCACGCUGAGUGUUGCUUAUAGUCCAGAUGGUCGGUUUAUAGCGUCCGGAGCUUUAGAUGGUAUUGUGAAUAUCUUUGACAUCACAACAGGGAAACUCAUACACACAUUAGAAGGUCAUGCUAUGCCCAUCAGGUCUUUAUGCUUCUCUCCAGACUCUCAGCUCCUUGUUACAGUAUCCGACGACAGUCACAUAAAAUUAUAUGAUGUCCAACAUGCCAACCCUGCUGGAACAUUAUCUGGUCAUGGGGACUGGGUACUGAGUGUCGACUUCUGUCCAGACAACACACACUUUGUGACAGGGUCAUCUGACAAGACGGUGAAGGUUUGGAAUGCUGGAACACGUCAGUGUGUCCACACGUUUCACGAGCACUCUGACCAGGUCUGGAAUACCAAGUACAACUCACAAGGAACAAAGAUUGUUUCCGUGUCCGACGAUCGCGCCAUUCAUAUAUACGACUGUCCAACAUGAUCAGUAAAAACUGUUUUCAUUUCACACAUGUGACAUUUUAAGAGACGACUUUGAAAAUGUUCAGUGCUAUUUAUAGUAAACAAGUACAACACUGA